GUCGUUGUGGCAAGGCCGAUCUGAUGCGACAUACUUAGGAGGCGUUGGCACCUCCCAUUGCCGAGGGUUAUCAGUCCUCAAUUUUGUCCUUCAUUUCUUGUCAUCAUGUCGCCACAUGCGGAGCCUCUCCGUCACCAGCGUGUCUGGUGGAAGGAAGCAGUUUUCUAUCAAGUCUAUCCCGCAUCUUUCAAAGACAGUAAUGGAGAUGGCUGGGGUGACAUCCCUGGCCUGCUCGAGCGAAUUCCGUACAUUGCAUCGCUAGGCGUUGAUGUUGUAUGGCUGUCUCCUAUGUUUGAAUCUCCCCAGAUCGAUAUGGGAUACGAUAUUUCAAAUUAUGAAGCGGUCGAUCCAUCGUACGGCACGGUGGAAGAUGUUGAAAAACUUAUAAAAGCGUGCCACGACCACGACUUGAAGUUAAUCCUUGAUUUGGUUGUAAAUCAUACUUCAGACCAGCAUGCCUGGUUCAAGGAGAGCAGAAGUUCAAAGGACAACCCGAAACGAGACUGGUACUUCUGGAAGCCGCCUAGAUAUGAUGAAAAUGGCAACCGUCUCCCACCUACGAACUACCGUAGCUAUUUCGCUGGCGGCACUUGGACAUGGGAUGAGCAUACUCAGGAGUAUUAUCUUCACCUAUACGAUAAGUCACAGCCGGAUCUGAAUUGGGAGAAUGAGGAAUGCCGCAAGGCCAUCUACGACUCAGCAAUGCGUUUCUGGCUCGACAAAGGGAUCGAUGGUUUCCGUGUUGAUACAGUCAACAAGUACUCGAAGCACAUCGACUUCCCUCAGGCUCCAAUCACCGAUCCCAGCACAUUCAUUCAGCCAGCCGCACAAUUCUGGUGCAACGGGCCCAGAAUACACGAGUUCAUCAAAGAGAUGAACAGCGAAGUCCUCUCCAAAUACAGGACGUAUGAUGGACAAGAAUUAGUCACGGUUGGCGAACUUUCUUUGACUCCAGAUCCCGAGGGCGUCCUACCAUAUGUGAGCGCCGAAGCCAAAGAACUAAGUAUGGUGUUUCAAUUCGAUAUUACGCAUGUUGGACAAGGAAGCGGAUUCCUUGACAAAUACGACUUUGCGGAAUGGAAGUUGCCGGAGAUGAAGCGAAUCGUUGAGAAGUGGCAAACUUUCAUUGACGGCACCGAUGGCUGGACUACGGUAUUCAAUGAGAACCACGAUAAUGGAAGAAGUAUCUGUAGAUUUGCGGAUGAAUCCCCGCAAUGGAGGGAAAAGAGUGCAAAGAUGUUGGCCAUGUGGUUGACAACUGUUACCGGCACACUAUUUCUAUACCAGGGUCAAGAAAUCGGUAUGAUCAAUGCACCAAAGGAAUGGAGCAUCGACGAGUACAAGGAUGUAGAAUCCAAGAAUUUCUGGGCAGAGGCCGUGAAGAUGACGGAAGAUGGCACCGAUCCCACGCGUGAGGAACGCAUCAAGUACGGUCUGCAACUGAUGGCAAGAGAUCACGCAAGGCUGCCUUUCCAGUGGGAUUCCAGCAAAAAUUCUGGAUUUUCGGAUGGUGAACCGUGGAUGCGUACGCACGACCUUUACAAGGACAUUAAUGCCGAGGCUCAGGAGAAAGAGGCAGACAGCGUGCUCUCGUUUUACAAGAGGUUACUGCGGUUGCGCAAAGAGCACAAGGACGUCUUUGUGUAUGGGAAUUUUGAACUGCUCGACGCUGACAACGAGAACACCUUUGUUUUCAGAAAACAAUACCAACACAAGACCGCUCUGGUAGCUCUGAACUUCACAUCAACGGCGCAAAAUGCACCAUCACACGAGGACAUGAACCUCCUGAUGAGUUCAUACUCGAAGACAUCACCCGAAACUUUGCAACCUUACGAGGGUAAAAUUUACAUAAAUUACUGAGGGUAUA